ACCAUAGCACACAUUUGAUGCUGAAAUCCGGGAUAGGGGAACUCCUUUGGGAGUCGUGUCCCCUAGCCCCUUCCCCCGACUUCUUGAAGAGACCCACCCGUGACCGCGGUACCUCCGACCAGCUCUGUAAAAGCCCCGCCUCUGCCUUCGGAUAGCCUCCCUACUUCCAUCCAAUCUGACAAUGGUCCAGACUUCAUUAGCCAAAUUACCCAGGCAGUUUCCCAGGCCCUUGGCAUCCAGUGGAAUCUCCACACCCCAUACCAUCCUCAUUCCUCAGGAAAGGUUGAAAGAGCCAACGGCCUCUUAAAAACUCACCCUCCAACUCCGAAGGACUGGACUGUUCUCCUACCACUUGUGCUUCUCCGGAUCUGAGCCACCACCCAUGAACCUACCAGGAACCAUUGACAUUUAAAGAUGUGGCCAUAGAAUUCUCUCUGGAGGAGUGGCAAUGCCUGGAUACGGCACAGCGGGAUUUAUAUAGGAAUGUGUUGUUAGAGAACUACAGAAACCUGGUCUUUUUGGGUAUUGCUGUCUCUAAGCCAUAUCUGAUCACCUGUCUGGAGCAAAAAAAAGAGCCCUGGAAUAUAAAAAGACAUGAGAUGGUAGCCAAACCCCCAGUAAUGUCUUUUCAUUUUGCCCAAGACCUUUGGCCAGAGCAGAACGUAAAAGAUUCUUUCCAGAAAGUGACACUGAGAAGACAUGGAAAAUGUGAAUAUGAGAAUUUACAGUUAAGAAAAGGCUGUAAACAUGUGGAUGAGUGUAUGGGGCACAAAGGAGAUCAUAGUACAGUUAACCAAUGUUUGACAGCUACCUCAAGCAAAAUAUUCCAAUGUAAUAAAUAUUUGAAAGUCUUUGAUAAAUUUUCAAAUUCAGAUAGAUAUAAGAGAAGACAUACAGGAAACAAACACUUCAAAUGUAAAGAAUGUAGCAAAUCAUUUUGCGUGCUUUCACAACUAACUCAGCAUAGAAGAAUUCAUACUAGAGUGAAUUCCUACAAAUGUGAAGAAUGUGGAAAAGUCUUUAACUGGUUCUCAACUCUUACUAAACAUAAGAGAAUUCAUACUGGAGAAAAACCCUACAAAUGUGAAGAAUGUGGUAAAGCCUUUAACCAGUCCUCACAACUUACUAGGCAUAAGAUAAUUCAUACUGAAGAGAAACCCAACAAAUGUGAAGAAUGUGGCAAGGCCUUUAAACAGGCCUCACACCUUACUAUACAUAAAAUAAUUCAUACUGGAGAUAAACCUUACAAAUACGAAGAAUGUGGCAAAGUCUUUAGCCAGUCCUCACACCUUACUACACAAAAGAUACUUCACACUGGAGAGAAACUCUACAAAUGUAAAGAAUGUGGAAAAGCUUUUAACGUAUUCUCAAAUCUUACUAACCAUAAGAGAAUUCAUGCUGGGGAGAAACCCUACAAAUGUAAAGAAUGUGGCAGAGCUUUUAACAUAUCCUCAAACCUUAAUAAACAGGAGAAAAUUCAUACUGGAGAGAAACUCGACAAAUGUGAAGAAUGCAACAAAGCUUUUAACUGGUCCUUAAAACUUACUGCACAUAAGAAAAUUCUAAUGGAAGAGAAACCCUACAAAUGUGAAGAAUGUGGCAAAGUCUUUAACCAGUUCUCAACUCUUACUAGACAUAAGAUCAUUCAUACUGGAGAGAAACCCUACAAAUGUAAAGAAUGUGGCAAAGCUUUUAACCAAUCUUCAAACCUUACUGAACAUAAGAAAAUUCAUACUGCAGAGAAAUCCUAUAAAUGUGAAGAAUGUGGCAAAGCUUUUAACCAACACUCAAACCUAAUUAACCAUAGGAAAAUUUAUUCUGGAGAGAAGCCAUACAAAUGUGAAGAAUGUGGAAAAGCUUUUAAUCGAUCCUCAACCCUUACUAGACAUAAGAAAAUUCAUACUGGAGAGAAACCCUACAAAUGUGAAGAAUGUGGCAGAGCUUUUAGCCAGUCUUCAAACCUUACUGAACAUAAGAAAAUUCAUACUGGAGAGAAACCCUACAAAUGUGAAGAAUGUGGCAAAGCUUUUAACCGAUUCUCAACCCUUACUAAACAUAAGAGAAUUCAUACUGGAGAAAAACCCUAUAAAUGUGAAGAAUGUGGAAAAGCCUUUAAUCAAUCCUAUCAACUUACUAGACAUAAGAUAAUUCAUACUAAAGAGAAACUCAACAAAUGUGAAGAAUUUGGUAAGGCCUUUAAACAGUCCUCACACCAUACUAUACAUAAAAUUAUUCAUACUGGAGAGAAACCCUACAAAUGUGAAGAACAUGGCAAAGUUUUUAACCAAUCCUCAAACCUUACUACACAAAAGAUAAUUCAUACUGGAGAGAACCUCUACAAAUUUGAAGAACAUGGAAAAGCUUUUAACCUAUUCUCAAACAUUACUAACCAUAAGAUAAUUUAUACUGGAGAGAAACCCCACAAAUGUGAAGAAUGUGGAAAAGCUUAUAACCGAUUCUCAAACCUAACUAUACAUAAGAGAAUUCAUACAGGAGAGAAACCUUACCAAUGUGCAGAAUGUGGCAAAUCCUUUAACUGCUCCUCAACCCUUAAUAGACAUAAGAUAAUUCAUACUGGAGAGAAACCUUACAAAUGUAAAGAAUGUGGCAAAGCUUUUAACCUAUCCUCAACCCUUACUGCACAUAAGAAAAUUCAUACUGGAGAGAAACCCUAUAAAUGUGAAGAAUGUGGCAAAGCUUUUAACCAAUCCUCAAACCUUACUACACAUAAGAAAAUUCAUACUUCCGAGAAACCCUACAAAUGUGAAGAAUGUGGCAAAUCCUUUAACCAGUUCUCAUCUCUUAAUAUACAUAAGAUAAUUCAUACUGGAGAGAAACCCUACAAAUGUGGAGAUUAUGGCAGAGCUUUCAACCUAUCCUCAAAUCUUACUACACAUAAGAAAAUUCAUACUGGAGAGAAACCCUACAAAUGUGAAGAAUAUGGCAAAACUUAAUUGAUCCUACAAGCUUACUACACAUAAGAAAAUUCAUACUGGAGAAAAACUCUACAAAUGUGAAGAAUGUGUUAAAGCCUUUAACAAGUCUUCAACCUUUUCUACACACACGAUAUUUUAUACUGGUGAGAAACCUUACAAAUGUAAAGAAUGUGGCAAAGCUUUUAACUAAUCUUCAAACCUUACUGACCGUGAGAAAAUUCGUACUGGAGAGAAUCCUACAAAUGUGAAAAAUGUGGCAAAGCCUUUAACUGGUCCUUAACUUUUACUAAACAUAAGGUAAUUCAUACUGGAGAGAAGCCAUACAAAUGAGAACAGUGUGGCAAUACCUUUAAUCAGUCCUCACACCUUUCUACACAUAAGAUAAUUUAUACUGGAGAGGAACUCUAUAGUUGUGAAGAAUGUGGCAAAGCUUUUAGCCAAUCCUCAUACCUUACUAUACAGAAAUUCAUACCGGAGAGAAAGUCUAUGAUUGUGCAGAAUGUCGCAAAGCUUUUAACCUUCCUUAACCCUUACUGCAGAUAAGAAAAUUCAUACUGUAAAGAAACCCUACAAAUGUGAAGUCUGUGGCAAAGCUUUUCACUGAUUCUCAACUCUUACUACAUGUAAGUGUAUUUAUACUGGAGAGAAACCCUACAAAUGUAAAAAAUGUGGCAAUGCCUUUUACUGGUCCUCACACCUUGCUACACAUCAGACAAUUUAUACUUUGAGAGAAACCCUGCAAAUGCGAAUAAUGUGGCAACACUUUAAACCAAUCCUCAAACCUCACUAAACAUAAGAUAAUACUGAAAGCUUUACAAACCUAAAUGAUGUGACAAUAAUUUUGAUAACACCUCAAACUUUCUAACAUAAAUCAUACUGGUGAAAAAUCCUAGAAAUGUGAAAAAUAUCACAAAGCCUUUAAAUGGUUAUCACACUUGAUUGUAGGUAAGAUAAUCCAUACUGAAGAAAACCCCUGGAAGUGUAAAAAAUGUGGCAACACUUGUAAUAAAUGCUCACCCCUUAUUGCACAGGAAAGCAUUUAUACUUCAGAAAGAUUGUAGAAAUACAAGGAACGUGGAAAAGCCAUUAUUAUCUGUUCAGAUUUUACUCAACAUUAGUAUGUAAUAAAAGCAUUAUAAAUGCAAUUUUUGUCAAGAGAUCUUUCAGAAAAUAUAAGCCUUUAAAGUGAAGAAGAGGAGCCAGGUGUGCUGGCUCACAUCUGUAAUGCCAGCACUUUGGGAGGCCGAGGUGGGUGGAUCACCUGAGGGCAGGGGUCCAAGACCAGCCUGGCCAACAUAGCAAAAGCCCAUCUCUAUUAAAAAUCUUACAAAAAUUAGCUGCGUGUGGUGGCAGGCCCCUGUAAUCCCAGCUACUUGGGAGGCUGAAGCAGGGGAGUUGCUCAAACCUGGGAGGCGAAAGUUGCAGUGAGCUGAAGUCACACCACUACACUCCAGCCAAGGCAACAAGAGCAAAAACUUCGUCUCAAAAACAAAGCAAGGUACUCAUUUUGAGGACAAACAAUACAAAUACGAAGAGGGUUGUAGUACCUUUACUUGUAUCACAGAUAUUGUUGUACCCAUUUUGCACUAGAGGAAAACCAUGAAGCAGUUGCCCAAACAUUGUUCAACACCAGAAAAUUUGGAGAAAAACACUAAAUGUAAUGCAUUUGUGAAAACAUUUUUAAAAAAACUACAGCUUAGAAAACACCAGAGGCUCAUCCCUCCCUUCCUUCCUUCCUUCCUUCCUUCCUUCCUUCCUUCCUUCCUUCCUCCCUUCCUCCCUCCCUCCCUCCCUUCCUUCCUUCCUUCCUUCUUUCCUUUUCCCUCUGUGGCCCAGGCUGGAAUCUAGUCGACUCGCUGCACACUCCCCACCUCCGGCUCCCGUGAUUCUCUUGCCCCGGCCUGCGGGCUGCCUGGGAUUGCUGGCGCACGCCACGACCGCUGCCUGCUUUUUCUCCUUUGGCUGGAGGCGCAGUUUCGCCUUGUUGGCCAGGCUGGUCUCCAGCUCCUGACCUCCAGUGCGCUGCCCACCUCGGCCUCCCAAGGUGCUGGGACUGCAGACGGAGUCUUGCUCACUCAGUGUUCGGUGUUGCCCGAGCUGGAGUGCGGUGGCACGGUCUUGGCUCACUGCAGCCUCUGCCUCCCAGCCGCCUGCCUUGGCCUCCCAGGGUGCUGGGAUUGCAGCCUCUGCCUGGCCGCCACCCCAUCUGGGAGGUGCGGAGCAUCUCUGCCUGGCCGCCCAUCGUCUGGGAUAUGAGGAGCGCCUAUGCCUGGCAGCCCUGUCUGGGAAGUGAGGAGCGCCUCUGCCCAGCCACCCCGUCUGGGAAGUGAGGAGCGCCUCUGCCCGGCCGCCCCAUCUGGGAUGUGAGGAGCGCCUCUGCCCGGCCGCCCAUCGUCUGGGAAGUGAGGAGUGCCUCUGCCCGGCCGCCCAUCAUCUGGGAAGUGAGGAGCACCUCUGCCCGGCCACCCCGUCUGGGAAGUGAGGAGCGCCUCUCCCGGCCGCCCCAUCUGGGAUGUGAGGAGCGCUUCUGCCCGGCCACCCCGUCUGGGAUGUGAGGAGCGCCUCGGCCCGGCCGCCCCAUCUGGGAAGAAGUGAGGAGCGCCUCUGCCCAGCCGCCCCGUCUGGGAAGAAGUGAGGAGCGCCUCUGCCCGGCCGCCCCAUCUGGGAAGUGAGGAGCGCCUCUGCCCGGCCGCCCCGUCUGGGAAGUGAGGAGCGCCUCUGCCCAGCCGCCCCGUCUGGGAAGAAGUGAGGAGUGCCUCUGCCCGGCCGCCCCGUCUGGGAAGAAGUGAGGAGCGCCUCUGCCUGGCCGCCCCGUCUGGGAAGUGAGGAGCGCCUCUGCCCGGCUGCCCAUUGUCUGGGAUGUGAGGAACUCCUCUGCCCAGCCACCACCCCAUCUAGGAAGUGAGGAGUGCCUCUGCCUGGCCACCCCAUCUGGGAAGAAGUGAGGAGUGCCUCUGCCCGGCCGCCCUGUCUGGGAAGCGAGGAGCGCCUCUGCCCGGCCACCACCCCGUCUAGGAAGUGAGGAGCGCUUCUGCCCGGCUGCCUCGUCUGGGAUGUGGGGAGCUCCUCUGCCCGGCCGCCCCGUCUGGGAGGUCUACCACGGAGGCCAGAAGCAAUGUGGGGGCUGGACCUGGUGGCUCACGCCUGUAGUCCCAGCGCUCUGGGAGGCCGAGGCGGGUUGAUCACUUGGGGCUAGGAGUUCGAGACCAGCCUGGCUAACAUGGCGAAACAUAUGAAAAAUACAACAGACAAACCAACCAACCCAGCGACAACAAAACAGGUCUACCCUGGAGUCAUACUCUAAUUUUUUCUAUUUUCCUCCCUUUCUGAUCCUUUAUCCCACUUUCUUUUUCUUCCUCUUCUCCUUCUUCGUCAAAUAGAGGAUUGAGUUAUUAUCAUUGAUCCAUACAAAGUCCCUCUCUCAUUUAUUUUCUUUGAUUCCCACCCCCCAUUUCUAUUCCCUGUCUUCCUAUGUGCAACCUUCCUAAUAUGUUUGAUAUGCAUCUUUUUGUUUGUAUGUAUUUUUAGAAAAUGUUUGUUUUGUGUGCAAAAAAAUUAAUAAAAAAAAGAAAGAAAAAAAAAGAAAAUACCAGAGGCCUCAUACUAAAAUAUAUUUUUGCAAGUAUAGUAAAUAUAAAAAUAAUUUAAUCCAAAAUUAAGUCUAUGUAAAUAUCAGAGAAUUCACAGUAGAAAUAUCUAAGGUACUAGCACUUCGGACAUUGCACUAAAUCAGAAUGCUGAGUGUAGAAAAUAAUUUAAAACUAAAGUUGGUAGAUAAUGUGUAUAUAACUUUAAAAGAAGUAGAAUUUUUUUGUAGAUGUAUAAUUACAUUCAAAUUAUAUUUUUUCUUGAAAAAAUUAGUUUUUGAAAAGCAAAUAACGAUGUAAUUCAACUCUCAAAUUACUUCAUGCUCUUCAUUCCUAUUGUAUUCACACGUGAAAGCAUGUGAUUAAUUUUUCAUGCAUCAAAGAUAUGAGAAAUCAUUUCUGUUAGGUCGGUAUUAUUUAUGACACUUUCUAUGAAAGAAUAAAGACAUUAAAAUAUAAGAUGCAUGAUGAAAACCUGUGUGAAGAGGCGGUUUAUGUUUAAUUUACAAUAUUGAGUGAUCCAUGAAGUAGGUUUUCAGAGCAAUAUUCUUCUGCAUUAUGGUAAGAGAAAACCAUUUUUAAUCUUAGUUAAAAUUAAAGUUAAUUAGUAGUAUAUCAUUUUACUAAUUGUACUUUUAGGUAAAAUGCAAUGUGUUUAAAAAUUUUUGGAUUAUGCAUGAACUUAAUUUUUUAUUUAAACUUUCUUAACAUGUUAAAACUAUUGUGCAUUCAAUGAAGUGUUUUCAUGCCACUGACUUUACCUAUCCCACAUUACUCAAAGGUUUAGGUAAAAGAGGAUAACAGUAUACUACUUGAUAACAUAAUGGGCUAACAUCUCUAAUAAUUAUUUUUGCUAGUGGCUUUAAACUGUUAAUAAAUAAUAUUGUUCCCAUAGGUUAUAUUUUUAUUCUUUUUAAAGUUUAAACUUAUUUCUCUUAAUUUUUGUGGAUACAUAGUAUGUGUUUAUCUUUAUGCCAUGUAUGGCAUAUUUUGAUACAGGCAUAUAAUUUUAUGUAUUAAUCACAUCAGAGCAAAAGACGUAUCCAUCAACUCCAGCAUUUCUCUUUUGUAUUACAAACCAAUUCUACACUUUUAGAUACUUUAGAAUGUACAAUCGUUACUACAGGGUCAUUUUAUGGUUACAAUAAAAAUUAUAUGCAAGUACAAAUCAUGAGAAAAUUCUGAGUUCUGAAUAAACGUUUAAAAAAUGUUAUAUAUUUUUCUUUGAACAUGUGACCUCUCUGCCUGCAAACAUACAGCAUUUUAGUUUUGAUUUACAUACACUUAACUAUACACAUUUAUUACUCUAAAAAUAAACCUUAGGUAUGAGAAAAUUAUGGAGCAAGUAAGUGUGUUUGUGUAUUAGCUUGUACCUAUUUUCAGAAGACGAGCAAUAUUGGAACAAAACUAAUCUUUUCUUUUUCGAGAUGUAGUCUUGCUGUGUCGCCCAGGCUGGAGUGCAGUGGUGUGAUCUCGGCUCACCGCAAGCUCCGCUUCCCGGGUCCACGCCAUUCUCCUGCCUCAGCCUCCUGAGUUGCUGGGACUACAGGCGCCCAGCACCACGCCCGGCUAAUUUUUUUGUAUUUUUUAGUAGAGACAGGGUUUCACCGCGUUAGCCAGGAUGGUCUCAAUCUCCUGACCUCGUGAUCCGCCCACCUCGGCCACCCAAAGUGCUGGGAUUACAGGUGUGAGCCACCGCGCCUGGCCAAAAGUAAUAACUUUUAAAAGGUAACUAAUUUACUAGACAACUGAAAACCUCAAAAAUGCUGAAAGCAAAUCUAUACCCUCUGCUUUGCAUUGAAUUCAUUUCUGUAAAAUCUGGCUUAUGAUUUAGAAUCUCCCCAUGCAAAGUUUUUGUUUAUACUUGUGUGAUACUCAUGCUAACGUUUUUAAUUUUCUUGUUAUGCUUUUUUCUUUUAUAACUUACCAGGUAUUCAUCAUGUGAGCUGGUCAUGGAUUAUAAGAAUGAUUUUUAUAAAGUUUAGGAGUACACACAAAAUAACUUCUAGAUGUGUUUCCAAAAUUUGUGUAUUUUAUUUAUUUAGAACAUUCCAUUUCUUCUUUCCAUUGGAGGAUCCUAUAUAAGCCUACUUUUCUUUAGUUAGUAUUCUUUUGUCUUGUUAUAGUUGACAUAAGUAAAUUUAUUUACUGAGCCAGUUCAGGUAAGAAUUAAAAAGACUUCAUAAGUCAUGAAAAUGUUUUUAUAUAUAGACGUAGCAAACAAACAUGACAUUGCUUAUUGUGUAACAGAUGCUCCAUAAUGAGCCAUAUGUAUUUCUGCUGGUGUUAGUUUGUAACUAACUUCAAGUCAGAGAUGGAAAAUAUUAAUAGUGAAGAACUAACAUUGAUUUUUCAUGUGGAGAGAACAUUUUUUUUCAGGCUGCAAAGCUGAAUCUUGCUGUUUUUUUUUUAAAUUUCCUAAUUCAGGUUUAUUUAUCUUACGUGUCUUCCAUGUAUUCAAUGCAGUCCUUCUUUUUCUGUGUUAUUGCCACAGUUUUCUCACUGUUGUCUUCAUGCCAUGUCAAUUCACAUGGUACUUUGUAGGUUUUGGUGAGAAAGUUGGUAUUUUUUAAUGCACUGAAAAAUUGGUUAUAACUAGAGAGUUUGCUUAUCAAUAUAACUUUCAGAUUAGUUAAGAUAAAAGGCAUGCAAUGUCCACAGGUGAGAGGAUUAAAUCAGCAUUGUUUUUCUCUGUUUUUAAAAGGAGCAUCUUAUCAAAUUCUUACAUGAAGUGUGGCAAAUAUUAAAUUUACUAGGAAAUAGAUCUUAAAAAUUAAAUUUUUAAGAGAGCUAAUGGUAAGUGAAGAAUUUUAAAUGUAAUUUUCUAUGAUAUAGCACAGCAUACUUUUUUUUUGCAGAAUCUUCUAUUUUAAAGUGUGAAUAUUCAAGGUUCCAAAAUAACAUGACCUCUGUUGAUUCAAUAUUUGGAAUACUAUGUCUUUUCUAUAUUGAUAGUACAAUUCAGAAAAGUUUCUCACUCUUUAUAUAAUUAUAUUAAUGAGUGAAGUUUAAUCUACAGUUUUUAUUCGUAGUCACCUAACUAGCCAACUUCUUAUUUUCUAUGGAAAACUUUUGUAGAUAAUGGCAGCUUUUGGAUUAAAACGUUUUCUGUUAUUUUGCAUGCAAACUUGUUUACUGUGUUAACAGUUAGUCAUGAGACCAUAAGAAACACCUCUCUUUCAGUGUCUUUCAUACCAUUACCAUCUGCAAUAAAUAAAUGUUUAUUUGUUCUGUAAAACAUUAUGUUUGGAAGUAUAUAUACAUUGUCAAAUGCUUAAUUUUAGGUCAUUAAAGUUUUACCUCAGAGUUAACAUUUUUGUGGUGAGAGCAGAUGACAUUGUCAGCAUUUUCCAAAAAUACUAAUAUAUUGUUAUAUUCUAUAGUCACCAUGCUGUAAAAAAAAAAACCUCCUGAACUUCUUUCUAUCCAACUAUAAGUAUGUAUUCUUUGACUGACAUCUUUCCAUCCUCCAUCCCCCCUUUUUUCUAAAUACCUUGGCCUCUGGUGGUCACUAGUUUACUCUCUACUUCAAUGAGAUUACAUUUUGUUUAUUUAUGUAUUUAUUUAUUUAUGAGACAGAGUCUCACUCUGUCACCCAGGCUAGAGUGCAAUGGUGUGAUCUCAGCUCACUGCAACCUCCGCCUCCCAAGUUCAAGUGGUUCUUCUGCCUCAGCCUCCUGAGUAGUUGAGAUUACAGGCAUUCACCACCACCUCUGGCUAAAUUUUUGUGUUUUUAGUAGAGACGGAUUUGCCACAUUGCCUAGACUGGUCUCGAACUCCUGAGCUUAGGCAAUCCACCCCUCUUGGCUUCCCAAAGUGCUAGGAUUACAGGCAUGAGCCGCCGCACCUGGCCGAGAUUACGUUUUUUAGAAUCCAUGUGUACGUGAAAUCAUGAAAUGGUCAUCUUUCUGUACCUGGCUCAUUUCAACAAAUAUAAUGUCCUCCAGUUUAAUUUAUGUGAUUGAAAAUAGUAGAAUUUUCUUUUUUGAAGAUUAAUAGUAUUCCAUAGUAUUUACCACAUUGUCUUUGUUAAAUGUUGAACUGUUGAUUCCAUAUUUUGGGAAUUGUGAAGAGUGUUGCAAGCAGUAUGGAAGUGCAAUUAUUUCUUCAUUCCGAUUUCAUUUGUUUGGCAUAUAUAAACAGUAGCGAAAUUGUUUUUUUGUUUUUUGUUUUUGAGACAGAGUCUAGGUCUGUUGCCAGGCUGGAGUGCAGUGGCACGAUCUUGGCUCACUGCAUUCUGCACCACCCGGGUUCAAGUGAUUCAUCUGCCUCAGCCUCCUGAGUAGCUGGGAUUACCAGCAUGCACCACCACGCCCAGCUAAUUUUUGUAUUUUUAGUAGAGACGAGGUUUCACCAUGUUGGCCAGGAUGGUCUCGAGCUCCUGACCUCGUGAUCCACCCCCCUCGGUCUCCCAAAGUGCUAGGAUUACAGGCAUGAGCCACUGCGCCCGGCUGAAAUUGCUGUAUUAUAUGAUAGUUUAAUUAUAAAUUUUUUGAGAAAUCUUAUUUAGUUUUUUAUAAUGACUGUCCUCAUUCACAUUCAAACCAGUGUGCAAGCAUUCCCUUUUCUUCACAACCUAACUUAUUUUCUUUGUAAUAAGAGUAAUUCUCACAGGAGUGAGUUGAUACCUCAUAGAGUUUUGGUUUCUUUUCUCUGGUAAUUGAUAUUGAGCAUUUUUUAUAUAUCUCUUAGCCAUAUGUAUGUCUUUCCUUGAAAAAUAUUUAAGCCUUUUGCUCAUUUUUAAUGGUUAUUUGUCUUUUGUUAUAUAGUCAUUUGAGCUUUUUAUUUUUUUUAUAUUAACCCCUUGUUACAUGUGAUUUGCAAGCAUUUUCUCCCAUGUUUUAGUUGUCUUAUCCUGUUGGUCAUAUCAGAUUCUGUGCAGCAGCUUUUUAAUUUGAAAUAGUGUGACUCAUCUAUUUUUUCUUUGAUUCCCUGAGAUUUUGAGGUUAAGUUAAAAAAGUCACUGCCUAGACCAAUGUUAUGGGGAUUUCACUCUAUAUUUUUCAUAGUAGUUUCAGAGUUUCAGGCCUUACGUUUAAGUAUCUAAUUUAUUUCGAAUUGAUUUUUAUAUGUAGUGUAAUAUGGUCUCAUUUUAUUUCUCUGCAUGUGGACGUAAAGUUUUCUUGACACCAUUUGUUGAAGAUAAUAUUUUUUCCCUAGGAAAUGUUCACCUACAUCUAAAAUUAGUUAGCUUAAAUACAUGAAUAUACUUCUGGUCUCUCUUUUCUGCUCCAUUGGCCUAUGUGUCAAUAUACACAACUUCCCAUGAUUUAAUCAGGAAAAAAGAGAAGUCUUGAACAGAGCAAAAAUGUAUUAAAUGUAUAAUAAAAUUGAAUUUGUAAUAAAAAACCCUACAAAAUAUAACAAGUCCUGGAUCAGAUGAAUUUGCAGCCCAAUUUUACCACAAAUACAAAUAUGAUCUGGUACUAAUUCUACUGAAUGUAUUCCAGAAAUGAAAGUGGGUUUCCUUCCUAACUUGUUAUAUGAAAUCAGUAUCAUCUUGAUACCCAAAUCUGCUUAAGACACAAGAAAAAAAAUCUACAGUCCAAUAUUCCUGUUGAACAUUGAAACAAAAAUCCUUCCUGAAAUACUAGCAAGCCGAGUUCAUAAGCAAAUGAAAAAGUUAUUUUGCCACAAUCAUGUGAGUAUUAUUUUAUGACUGCGAAGAUGUUUCAUCAUAUACAAGUCAAUAAGUGUGAUUCAGCAUGUAAAGAUAAUUAAACUCAUAAGAUCAGAUGAUUAUAACAACAGAUGCAGAAAAAGCACUCAAGAAAAUCCAAUAUUCGUUCAAAAAUCCUCAACAAACUAGGCAUUGAAGAAACAUCUCACAAUAAUAAGAGCCAUCUAUGACAAAUUCUCAGCCAACAUCAUACUCAACAGGUAAAAGCUGGAUGCAUUCUUCGUAAGAAUAAAAAUAAGAAUACCCACUCUAAACACUCCUAUUCAACAUAGUUUUGGAAGUCCUAGCCAGAGCAAUCCAACAAGAUAAAGAAAUAAAAGUCAUCCAAAUAGGAGAAAAGAAAGUCAAUUUAAUUCUCUACCAGGGAAACUUUAGAGAUUUCACCAAAAGACUCCUAAGCCCAAAAAAUGACUUCAGGAAAGUUUCAAGAUACAAAAUUAACAUACACAAAUGAGUAGCAUUUCUAUACACCAAUAACAUUCAAGCUGACAACAAAAUCAAGAGCACAGCUUUAUUUAAAAUAGCCACACCAAAAAAUUAACAUAUCUAGGAAUGCAUUAAGUCAUGGAGGUAAAAUAUCUCCACAGGGAGAACUACAAAACACUACUGAAACAAAUCAGAGACAACACAUAGAAAUGGAAAACAUGGCUGGGCGUGGUGGCUCAUGCCUGUAAUUCCAGCACUUUGGGAGGCCGAGGUGGGCGGAUCACGAGGUCAGGAGUUCAAGACCAGCCUGGCUAACAUGGUGAAACCCCAUCUCUACUAAAAAUACAAAAAUUAGCUGGGCGUGGUGGCACAUGCCUGUAAUCCCAGCUAGGGAGGCUGAGGCAGGAGAAUCACUUGAACACAGGAGGCAGAGGUUGCGGUUAGCCGAGAUUGCGCCACUGCACUCCAGCCUGGCAACAGAGCAAGACUCGGUCUCAAAAAAAAAAAAAAAAAAAAGAAAA